GGAUGUGUACCAAGAAGUAGGUGUACCGGAGUUUGGUGCUCCUUGGCCCGCCAUGACGAUGCCCGAACAAGGAGUGAUUGGCCAAUUUACCAUUUUCUUCGCGCUUAUACUUGGAGGACUAAAGGAUUUUCUCUUCUCUCUAGAAGAGGAAUGGUUUGGAGCAACCCAUCCUGGAGUGGGAUGGGAGCUCACUCUCCCUGCUGCCCUGAUUGUUCUUGGUGUGAUAUUACUAUGGAGGACCGUCCUUGCGAUCAAAAGCAGGAUACGUCUAUUGACUGAGACACAGCUAAACGUGAAACUCGCCCAGCUAUCGAAAAAGAAAUGUGACAUAAUGAUUCAAUUGUCUGAAAUGGAGAUACUGUUGAAGGACUAUGACGCGCCAGUGAAAAGGUUGCGGGCAUGCCUGCAGUCCUCUCAAGAGGAUAGUCAGGAGCUGGAGGAUAUGAAGAAACAAUGGGACAUCAGAGCUGGAGAAAUGGAGGCAUUUCAUCUCCAGCUCCAGGAGCGUGUUGAACGCAUACAGAAACUGAAAGCUGUUUGGGGACCGAUGGAACCACUGAAAGAGCAUCACGGUGGGGAUGCCAGGAUCCCUAGUGCCACCAACACCCAAUCUACCGUUACAGAUAUCAAGAGUGAGGAAAACAUUGAGAUCGAGGUCACUGUGAUGAAGGAUGCAAGCUUAAUCAACACCACACUGGAGGAGGUGAACAGGGGUCUUCGGGACAAAAAUUGUCAGCUUGAAGAGAAGAAUGCCGCUCUACAUCAAAAACUCCACAGCACUGAGAAGAUGUAUAGACAGACUCUAAACGAGCUGACCAAAGCCCUGAUUCAAGGCAAACAUGAGGAAAAGCAACAUAUUGCCACACUACAAGAGAAAAUCCAGACCAUAUCUCGGAGAGCCUCUGCUGCUGAGCAUACUCUGGCCAUGGAGAAGAAUGAGGCAGCGCUACUCCGCCAGAGGAUAUUUCAACUAACCUCAAAGAAGCUGAAAAUAGGAAAACCUGGGUUCCUGAUCAAGACCAUCCCCAAGCCCCCGAAAACAACCAAGACCAACAAACCCUUCUUGAAAACCUGCAAAGUUGUGAAAGCUUUCAAAGCACUAAUGAAGAUAUGAAGGCAAAUGCAUACAAUUGUACAUUUGGUGCAAUUAUUCUCAGGACACGGGGUGAAGCAGAGUACAAUAA